AGUAAAACUGCGUCUGGAUGGAGCCAUGUUGUCUCUGGCCUCCCGGUCACUUCGCCUCGGCGCUGCUGCUUCCCAAGCCAGCCGGCGCUCCAUGGCAACGGUCAUCUCUGGCAACAAGACGUCCAAGUUGGUGAGGCAGAGGCUGAAGAAGGAUGUGGAGAAGAUGAAGAGUCAGUUCUCAGGUUUCAGGCCCAGUCUGGUGGUUCUACAGGUGGGAGACAGAGACGACUCCAACCUUUACAUCAGCACCAAACUGAAGGCUGCAGCUGAGAUCGGAAUCGAUGCCAAACAUGUCCGGUUGCCAAACUCAGUGACACAGGAAGAGGUGCUGCAGAGAAUCAUGUCUGUCAACGAGAACCCGUCUGUCCACGGUCUGAUCGUCCAGCUGCCUCUGGACUCCGUCAACAGGAUGGACACCGAGCUCGUCACCAACGCCGUUUCCCCUGAGAAGGAUGUGGACGGCCUGAGCUGUAUCAACGCAGGGAAGUUGUCUCGAGGGGAUCUGAACGACUGCUUCAUCCCCUGCACCCCCAACGGCUGCAUGGAGCUCAUCCGACAGACAGGUGUGUCGGUGGCAGGCAAACACGCCGUCGUCAUCGGUCGCAGUAAAAUCGUCGGCGCUCCCAUGCACGACCUGCUGCUGUGGAACCACGCCACGGUGACCACCUGCCACUCGAAGACGCCGGACCUACCUGAACAGGUGGGUCGGGCCGACAUCCUGGUGGUGGGGGCAGGCCGAGCUGAGAUGGUGAGGGGAGAGUGGGUGAAGGAAGGAGCCGUGGUCAUCGACUGUGGGAUCAAUCACGUUCCAGAUGAGACCAAGGCCAGCGGUAAACGGGUUGUUGGAGACGUUCACUAUGCAUCAGCCAAUCAGAGGGCAGGAUUCAUAACGCCAGUUCCUGGAGGCGUGGGGCCGAUGACAGUGGCGAUGCUGAUGGAGAACACGGUGCAGAGCGCUCAGCGUUUCCUCCUCAGGAGUCAAUCACGCAGGUGAAGCCCGGACAGGUUUUCCUCCAGCAGAGGAGCAGAAGUGAAGCUCCAGCAGACGCUCCACAUCCGACGCUGCAGCUGAUCCUCAGCAGAUCUCCAACUUUUUACUGAAUCCAAUCAGACUUUACUUUGUUUGUCCCUUUUUAUUUCACCGCCAGCUGACUGGAAACAUUCGCCGCUAUAAAAGGAUCCGACUAAAGGAAGCAGGAAGUAAAGCUAAAUCUCUGUGAGCAUCACUGUGAAAUCAUAAGCAACGUGUUUUAGUGUAAAUAAAGCGACAAAGAAACCUCA